AUGCGCGUCCUGGACACAUGGUCGGGACUGUUCGUGGAGGUAGAUCAGGAGAGGAAACAGUUCGCCAUUCUGUCACACACCUGGAGGAAGAAGGAGCAGACCUUCGUGCCGGAUGAUCAUCUCAUCUGGCGUGACGCGAACCUCUCUCGGAAGAUCCGAGACGCCUGCAGAGUCGCACGCGAGGCUGGGUACAGGUACCUCUGGAUCGAUUCUUGCUGCAUCGACAAGACGAGCAGCUCCGAGUUGUCCGAAUCGAUCAACUCGAUGUGGCAGUGGUACGGCCGUGCGAAGGUGUGCUUCGCCCACCUUGCUGACGUCCCCUCUGGCGACGACCCUCGUGCGGCUGAAUCCACGUUCCGUAAGAGCCGAUGGUUCACGCGCGGGUGGACGCUCCAGGAGCUCAUCGCCCCUUCAACUGUGGUGUUCCUCUCCCAGGACUGGAAUGCCAUUGGAACGAAGCUCACGCUGAUUAGUCCCCUCGAGGAGAUCACAGGUAUCUUCGCAGAGGCGCUGCUUCACUCAAAGUCGCUCGACGACUUCAGCGUGGCUCAACGACUGUCAUGGGCAGCGCGGCGGGAGACCACAAGGAAGGAAGACCGAGCAUAUUCCCUGCUGGGAAUAUUCAAUAUCAACAUGCCUACACUCUAUGGGGAAGGAGAACGUGCGUUCCACCGACUACUAGAGGAGAUUGUGCGUCGGAUCCCCGACCAGAGCAUCUUCGCAUGGGGUGACAUCUACGCGGAUCUUGAGCGCGACCAGGAUCUUGGGGACUCGCUGAAGAAUGCCGGAAAGCUGACUUGCAUAUGGGGUAACGUUAUGGGGACAUCUCUUGAAUCUCUUUUUGACUCAAAACUCAGCGACUUCACCGAUUCUGGAACAAUCAAUGCCAUCUCUCACAACGAUGUGUUGAACCAGCUCAAGCUCUCCGAGAAACUCCCGGAUCAGGAGUACACCUUCACCCCGCACGGCAUACGUACGACAUUGCCAGUCCUACAACUCUCACGUUGUCUUCCCCAGCACAUACUAGAGCAGUCUUCCUCAUAUGGUCUAUUGUCCCGAUGGACCUUGCGCUUCUUGGCUGCGAACACAUCGAUUACCCUGGCGCUCUUCUCGGGCGGGCCUGCUACAUCGCGCCUUCCAAUGCUGAGGUGGAAUACUUGCACUAUGGAUGUGUGA